CAUUUAGUGGAGGGAGAGCAUGAAUCACAUUUUCAUUCGCAAUCUGUAGAAUAACGACAAUUCUGUCUCUAAAAGCUGCAAUUUAAAAUUAAGUUAUGUGGACCGUCUUGCGCAAACCUAUAAGCAAGCUUUGCGGACCGAUAAAGCGAAAUGGACAUGGGUACUCGGGCGGUUGUCCCGGUGCGAAUUUGCCGUUUGGCUUGGACAGCCCCAUGCGUUUCACAGUGUGUUAUUUGAUUGCGGGUAUCGUGGGAUUUGGAGCUCCGUUCUUAGUGAUUCGCCACCAAAUGCUCCGCAAUGUUACCGACGAUCCCAAAGAAGAAGAGGGAUAAACCAAUUGUGAUGUAAAACACUUGUUAAUAAAAUUUAAAGGACAUUGCACAUGAAA